CAGGUGAGGGUCUCUGCAAUAUGGACUGGGAGGGGCCAAAGCCCCCACCAUGGAAGUGGGGGAGGAGAAGGAUCGAGCCCAGAAUUCCGGGUCACUGGAAUCCUGUGCAGGAGAAAGGGGUCAUGAUGGAGCUUGGAGGCCCUAGGUGAUCCCUGGGGCCUGGUGAGAGGGACUGCCAAUGAGGAAGGAUGAGUACGAACAUCUUCGAGAAGCUUGGCUACUAAGAGGAGGGUAGAGAUAAAGAGGGCGCUGCAGGCGUUAGCACUGACAACCCUGGGCCCCGCAGUGGCCUCAGGUGCAUCCUGGUACCCCUCUCCAAUGGCAGGAGGAUGCGGCUGGGGACGUCCCUUAUUUUUGUUGGCUGAGCUUCUGGCUCAGGUUUGCGAACAAACACACAAGCAUGUGAAUACCUGACACACAAACUGAGUAUAAAAUUGCCUAUACCACAAUUUGUUUCUCAUGCUUACAGUUUUUUUGGAUUUCGGUUUUUUACACCUUCCACUACCAGGUACCAGUUUUUCUUUUUUUACAUCUUGCUAAGAUUUCAGUAAUCUUACCAGACAUAAAAGUAAAAAGAAUGUCAUCUGUAAGAAAGACUUAAUUAUUCCUCAGUAUCUAUCACCUCCUGCUUUAGUAACAGAGCUCCUGAUAUUUAGCUGGCACAAGUCCAUCGGAAAGAGACUGCACUUCUCAGCUCCCCUUGUUGCUCCCCUUGUAGUGGUCUGUGACUGAGUUCUGGCAAAGGCCAACAAAAUGCACUUGCAGCUCUGUGUGAGCUUCUAGAAAGUGUUCUUAAGGGAAGAGAUUGUGCUCUGCUGUUGCUUUUCCUCCUUUCUGCUGGCUGGUGUGAAGUAAUGAUGGCUGGAUCUCAAGCAGCUGUUUUGCACCAUGAGGUAGAAGCCGUGUGUUGAGAACAAGGGAGCAACAAAAUGAAGGAAGCCAGCAUCUGGAUUGUGAGGCUGCCAGACCAGGCUGGACUGCUUACCUCUGCGUUUAUUUUACAUAAGAGUACAAGUUUCCGUUUUAUUUUGAGCAUUGCUACAUUGGGUUUUCCAUCUCUCACAGCUGAUCCUGAGAAGCCAUUUCAGCACCCUGGCAGGCAACCCUCCUGGACCUCAAAGGUGCUUUUGGCCCAUGAGCCCAGCCAGGGCCACACCCCCUCUGUGGGCUCCACGGCCUUGCCCUCACACAGCUGCAGAGGAUGUUGGGCCCAAAUCCGAUCCAUGUGUGAGCUGGCUGAACUCGCCUCUGCAGGAAGUGACGCUUCACAGCUGCCCCCAGCCUUGGGCCUCCCUGCUUGACACACUCAACUGGGGGCAACAGAGCAAAUUCCAAGACAGUCUCGAGAAAGAUGAUUCAGAGGCUCGCAGAGGACACUCAUGGGUAAGAGCUAGCUCCAUCCUACUGCUGCCAGGACCAGCCUGGGAACACAUGACAGGGCGUGGAACAAGGAGGCCUGAGGUGGGGGGAGACUCCGAGAGCCCAGUGGGUGGACUUGGCCUCUGAGGGGAAUGGGUGCUGGAACCGGGCUAGGCACAGCACGCGGGACCCAUGUGACCUGCACUGCGAGGGCUGGGGAGACAGGUGGGGAGAGCAGUGAGGCGACGCUGUGAUCAGAUGGCCAGGGGGCAUACCUGGGAUUUGACCCCAGCGCCUCGCUCCUGACACAGUCCCACUGCCUUUGAGGUAUGUACAAGGAUGAGCCACUGAGAAGCUAAAGCAGGGCCUUUAAAGGGAGACAUGAGAGGCCAAGCCUUCCUGGGUCCUGCCCCCUGGUCCCGGGGCUGAGCCAGCAUCCCCCAUGGUGCUUCCUGACCUGCCUUUCCUCGUUACCUUUAACGAACCAAGCUCCACAUUUGCCUGUGAGUCACCCCAGGUGCUCCUGGGGUUCCUACCCGACCACUUCACUGGCCGAACUCUCACAGACCUUGGCUCAGGGCGGACCACCGCUAAAUUUGACCCGUGGUUUGCUUUUUCUUGCUUCUCAUUCCUUCAAGGGAAAAUGUUCUGCGAGCUCUGGCCUUAGGCGUGAUGCCCAUCUGGGGCCAGCCAACAUUUGCCCCUCAAGUGGACUUCUGGAAACACUGAGCACAUGGUCAUAACUGCCAUUGCUAGUACACAUACAGACAUUACUAACUGAUCCUGGGAAUUUCUGUUCCAUGCUUCACCCAUGCAGACAUUACUGAUAGAUCCUGGAUUCUGUGUGCCCCUGGGCCCACAUGGUGGCUGCUGUUUUAAAAACUGGGCUCUGGUAAGAGGAGAGAAUGACUGUCUAUUGCAACCUCAGCUGGUGGGAAAGCAGUGGGUCCCUAGAGGUGAGGCCGUGUUCACUGUGGGAAAUAGUAAAGGAACUGUGGGGGGAGGGGGACCUGACCCCAGAAAUUUGUGCCUCCUGUCUGGGCAGUGAGUGACUGGAAUCGUAGCAUGCAGCUUCGCUGGGCUGGAGGCACCUGUCUCUCUCCCCAGCUGGUCCACGUCCUAAGGGGCAGUUUCUGGUCUCCUCUGCCUUUGAAACCCCACUUCUUCCACAUGGAACUAGGCUCACAGGCGCUGCCCUUAAAACCAUCCCUUGAUCUGACCUGGCUUCACCCAAGGCUGUGCCAUCUGCUCGAGAGGCCAGAUAAGGGGGCUGCUGCCUCCUACCUCCUUGCCAGGUCCAGGCACCCUCCCUUGGUGGCAGGCAGUGCGUGGGAGGGCUAGAGAGCCUUGAACUUGUGUGGAAAUAGCUGUGUCAGUUCUGAGUCCCUCCACACCCUUGACAAACCAUUUCUACGAACUACAUGCACAAUUUAAUAAAACGAGUGUCCCUCCUCCUCUGUCUCUGCCUUGCAUGCCAGGUCCGGGCAGCGGUGGGGAGCAGAGACCUUACCUGGGGCUCCUGCCUCCCGAAGAGCAGUAGGCCUGCCCUGAGGCAGUUUGCACCUGCCCCCAUUAAAGUGUGGGUUGCCAAGUGCAGUGCCUCCCCUGGGAGGUAGCACAGGUGGGCUGAUCAUGCACCUGGGAGAUGAGCUGGAUGUCUGAGUGGCAGCUGGGCACAGUGCAGCGCACCCAGGACAAGGCUCCAGAGACAGGGAAGGGUGGCUUGGCCAGGUGCCCCAGACCACCCUUCUGGGGGCCUGAGUCCAUGGUUGGGCUCUGCUACCAGGUUUCCCGUCAUCUCUAGUGGGCUCCCUGGCAUCUUGCCUCCUGGUCCCGGCUAACUUGAGGGUGGUGCUGCAUACAGAGCCAGGCAGAAGGGUCAGCUCCCUGGCACCCACACUGUAAGGACCUCCCAUCCACUGGGACCCUCUGUCCCUCCGGGCCCUCCAGCCUAGGCGCAGGCCUCCAGCCCGGAACAUCGCCCCCAGUCCCCGCUUCGGGAACGGCCAAGUGCAUGGAGCCCGGGAUUGCUCGGCCCCCCCGCAGCCCCUCCAUCCAUGCCCGGCUCCUCCUCCUACCCCGGGGGUUGGGGAGCCGGCUCCGGAAGCCCCGACGCCCCCGCCCCGGCCGCCGCCUGGAGCUUAGGAGAGGGCGGUCCGCACCAGAGCGCGCCACGCGGGGCCGGAGCUCGGAGCUGCCGCCAGCGCCUAGGAACGCCCGACCACCCCGGCGUCCCCACCGACCCCCGAGCCCCUCCCCAAGCCCCCGCCCCCCACGAGUGCUGCGGCCAUGGCGGCCGUGCGCGGGGUGCCCCUGCUUGGCUGCCUCCUGGCGCUGCUGGCGCUGUGCCCCGGGGGGCGCCCGCAGACGGUGCUGACGGACGACGAGAUCGAGGAGUUCCUCGAGGGCUUCCUUUCGGAGCUAGAGUCGGAGCCCCGGGAGGACGACGUGGAGGACCUGCCGCCCCCUGAGCCCACCCUGCACGUCCGCAAAGCCCCAACCGAGGGCAAGUCGGGGGCACGCCCGGGGGUGGCCAGAGAGGCGCUCCGAGAAAAGGCCAAAGACAAAGGGAAGAAAAGCAAGAAGGACAAAAGCCCCAAGAAGGAGAAGCAGCCACUGGAGGCGUCCCCCAGGCCACCCAAGAAGCCCAAGGAGAAGCCACCCAAGGCCACCAAGAGGCCCAAAGAGAAGCCACCCAAGGCCACCAAGAGGCCUAAGGAGAAGCCGCCCAAGGCCACCAAGAGGCCCAAGGCCACCAAGAGGCCUCUGGCUGGGAAGAGGCCCCCCACUCCGACCCCCUCAGAAGCACCAUGGUGGCCACUGCCACCACCCUUCAGCCCCAGCCCCGGGAAGCUACUGCAGGAGGGAGGUGGUGCCUUCCCAAGUACCUGGCAGGGUCCAGGAGGAGAGACCCAUGUGGAGCGCCAGUCUGAGCCGGAGGACAGGAGCGAGCAGCCCACACUGGACUACAAUGACCAGAUCGAGAGGGAGGACUACGAGGAUUUUGAGUACAUCCGGCGCCAGAAGCAGCCCAGACCGCCCCCCAGCAGGAGGAGGCCCGAGAGGCCCUGGCCCGAGCACCCUGAGGAGAAGGCCGAGCCCCCCGGGCGGAGGCUUGAUGCCCCAGAGGAGAGGAAGGAGAGGACUGAGCUGCCUUUGAAGCCCAUGCCACCCCCGCUGCCCCCCGACUACGGAGAUGGCUCCGUGAUCCCCGACUACGACAACAUGGACUAUUACUUCCGGCCUCCCAGCCCUCGGAAGCCUGACACGGAGCUGGAGACUGACCAAGAGAAGGAGGAGCUGAAGAAGCCCAAAAAGGUGGACAGUAGGCCUAAGGAGGAGGAGACAGAUGACAAAUGGACGCUGGAGGAGGGCAAGGACCACAGAGGGACCCGGAAGGGCGAGGAGGUAGAGGAGAAGUGGGCUCCAGCAGAGAGAGUCAAGUGCCCCCCCAUUGGGAUGGAGUCACACCGCAUCGAGGACAACCAGAUCCGGGCCUCCUCCAUGCUGCGUCACGGCCUGGGGGCCCAGCGUGGCCGGCUCAACAUGCAGGCUGGUGCCACCGAGGACGACUACUACGAUGGGGCUUGGUGCGCCGAGGACGACACUCAGACCCAGUGGAUUGAGGUGGACACCAGAAGGACCACCAGGUUCACGGGUGUCAUCACUCAGGGCCGGGACUCCAGUGUCCAUGACGACUUUGUGACCUCCUUCUUCGUGGGCUUCAGCAAUGACAGCCAGACGUGGGCGAUGUAUACCAACGGCUAUGAGGAGAUGACCUUCCACGGGAACGUGGACAAGGACACACCAGUGCUGAGCGAGCUCCCGGAGCCGGUGGUGGCCCGCUUCAUCCGCAUCUAUCCCCUCACCUGGAAUGGCAGCCUGUGCAUGCGCCUGGAGGUGCUGGGGUGCCCUGUGUCCCCUGUCCACAGUUACUAUGCACGGAAUGAGGUGGUCACCACCGAUGACCUGGACUUCCGGCACCACAACUACAGGGACAUGCGCCAGCUGAUGAAGGUGGUGAACGAGGAAUGCCCCACUAUCACCCGCACAUACAGUCUGGGAAAGAGCUCACGCGGACUUAAGAUCUACGCCAUGGAGAUCUCAGACAACCCCGGGGACCACGAGUUGGGGGAGCCCGAGUUCCGCUAUACAGCUGGAAUCCACGGGAAUGAGGUCUUGGGCCGUGAGCUGCUGCUGCUGCUCAUGCAGUACUUGUGCCGGGAGUACCGCGAUGGGAACCCCCGUGUGCGCAGCCUGGUGCACGACACGCGCAUUCACCUGGUGCCCUCGCUGAACCCCGAUGGCUACGAGGUGGCAGCGCAGAUGGGCUCAGAGUUUGGAAAUUGGGCGCUGGGGCUGUGGACCGAGGAGGGCUUCGACAUAUAUGAGGAUUUCCCCGAUCUCAACUCUGUGCUCUGGGGAGCGGAGGAGAGGAAAUGGGUCCCUUACCGGGUCCCCAACAACAACCUGCCUAUACCUGAGCGCUACCUCUCCCCAGACGCCACGGUGUCCACAGAGGUCCGGGCCAUCAUUGCCUGGAUGGAGAAGAACCCAUUCGUGCUAGGGGCGAACCUUAACGGUGGUGAGCGGCUCGUAUCCUAUCCCUACGACAUGGCACGCACGCCCAGUCAGGAGCAGCUGCUGGCUGCGGCCCUGGCGGCCGCCCGCGGGGAGGACGAGGACGAGGUGUCUGAGGCUCAGGAGACCCCAGACCAUGCCAUCUUCCGCUGGCUGGCCAUCUCCUUCGCCUCCACCCACCUCACCAUGACCGAGCCCUACAGGGGAGGAUGCCAAGCGCAGGACCACACUGGCGGCAUGGGCAUCGUCAAUGGGGCCAAGUGGAAUCCCCGAUCUGGGACCAUCAAUGACUUCAGUUACCUGCACACCAACUGCCUGGAGCUGUCCAUCUACCUGGGCUGCGACAAGUUCCCUCACCAGAGCGAGCUGCCCCGAGAGUGGGAGAACAACAAGGAAGCCCUGCUCACCUUCAUGGAGCAGGUUCACCGUGGUAUCAAGGGGGUUGUCACGGAUGAACAGGGCAUCCCUAUUGCCAAUGCCACCAUCUCCGUGAGUGGCAUUAACCACGGUGUGAAAACAGCCAGUGGUGGUGAUUACUGGCGCAUCCUGAACCCGGGUGAAUACCGUGUGACGGCCCAGGCGGAGGGCUACACACCGAGCUCCAAGACCUGCAACGUGGAUUACGACAUCGGGGCCACCCAGUGCAAUUUCAUCCUGGCUCGCUCCAACUGGAAACGCAUCCGGGAAAUCUUGGCCAUGAACAGGAACCGGCCCAUACUCCACAUCGACCCUUCGCGGCCCAUGACCCCCCAGCAGCGGCGCCUGCAGCACCGCCGCCUGCAGUACCGGCUGCGCAUGCGCGAACAGAUGCGGCUCCGCCGCCUCAAUGCCACCGCGGGCCCGGCCACGUCCUCCACCCCGCCCCCCACCACCCCCACGCUGCUCCCAGCCCCCUCCCUGGCCCCCUCUGCAGACCCCAUCUCCACCCUGGGGCCCUGGCGCUUUCUACCUGAGACCACGGCUGCCUGGGAGGGGUCUGAGACUGAGACCUACACAGAGGUGGUGACGGAGUUUGGGACCGAGCUGGGGCCGGAGGAGGAAGAGGAGGACGAGGAGGUGACAGUUGCUGGCCCCGAGUUCCCUUUCACCACUGUAGAGACCUAUACGGUGAACUUUGGGGACUUCUGAGAACAGAUCUGCCAGGGCCAGAGCAGAGCCCCCCCAGUGGUCAUGUCACCUGGGCGCCACGAGUGUGACCAACACCUAAAAGCUUGGGUCUGCCGCAGGCUCAGGGGAGAGAGGACAGUCGGCUGUAGGCAGGGUGGGGGCAGGCCAGGUGAGUCCAGGGCAGACUCUCAACCACCUGCCCAGGCCACACCAAUAAAUCAAGCUUAUGGCA